AUGGGAAUUCUGACCACUUCCAUCACAAAUGACACUAUUGUUAGACCUGUGGGAUUUUACAUUGUAGGAUUUAUGCAUUUAAAGUUCACUUAUUGGUAUUUAAUUUUCCUUGCUAUCAUUUAUAUUGUGACUCUCUUAUCCAACUCAUUUAUCCUUACCAUUAUAUGGAUAGAUCGUCGCCUACACACUCCAAAGUACAUUGCGGUGGCUAAUCUGGCGAUCGUUGACAUGGUGCUCAGUACAACCUAUAUUCCUAGUAUGAUAAAGAUAUUUCUCAUGAAAGAUAAUUUUAUUUCCUACAAUGACUGUUUGGCACAGAUGUCUUUUCAUUACUGGUCCGGCUGUUUAGAGUCAUUUUCUCUCUUUGUCCUUGCAUAUGACAGGUUAAUUGCGAUAUGUUUCCCACUGAGACAGAGCUCGAUAAACACAAUCACGGCCAUGUUCAGUAUCUUAGUGACGCUUUGGUCUAUUUGUGCAAGUAUUGUUUUGUUCUCGGUCAUAAUCGUGACCAGGCUGUCUUUCUGUAAUUCAGUGAACGUGUACAGCUACUUCUGUGACUACACCCCCGUAUACAGACUAUCUUGCAAUGAUCAUAGUUUGCAGUGGUCCAUUGCCUCUUCCCUGAGUAUAAUGAUUUUGUUUGUGCCCCUUAGUUUAAUAGUCAUCUCAUAUGUCUGUAUUUUGACAGCAGUGUUUAGAAUGAAAAAAGUAGAGAGCAGGUAUAAAGCGCUUCUAACAUGCACAGAACACGUCAUUCUAGUGGCGAUUUUCUACGUGCCGAUCUUGACGGUGUUCAUUAUUGAUUUUUUCUUAUUCCGCCUCGAAACAGAUGUCAGAAUGCUGAGCUUAUCGUUAGCUUCCUGCAUCCCGUCCUGUCUGAACCCCAUUGUGUAUUCCCUGGCAACCAAAGAAAUCAAGAACAGAAUACUGGCUAUGCUCCAGAAAGUCAAGGUAGCAGCGUGGGACCUUGUUGAUGAGGCCAAGGAUGUGCCCAGGCUACACAGACGGCAGCAGAAGGAUUUGGCACAAGCUAACGGCCAAGCCGUAGUUUUGGUUGUAAGCUCCAGAGCCGCCGCCAGUGCAAAGGACCUUCAUAUGUGGCAGCCAAGGCACCAACUGCCGCCCACCCGCCCACAGCGCGCCGGGCCACCCCACAGGGAGCGUAACGAACACAGGGAAAUGGGAACCUGCAGUGCCGCCACGGCCCCCUUCCAGGACAACAGCAUCCAGCGGGUAAGAGAGAACAAUCUCCCUGACACGUUCACCGCCAGCGUCAGCCACUUCUCCCAGGCCCAAAGAGCGAGCUGGAAGAUGCGGCCGGAGUCCCCUUGGGCACUGGACACGGUCCUGAGGGCUUACAAACUCCAAUACGCAUGCUGGCACCCUCGCUCCAGGGGCGUUCAGGACACCGCGGGUUGGAGAUAA